AUGCCUUACACCACUGCAAGCCAGGAGCAGAAGGAUGCUGUGGCUCCCAUGAUUGGCAAGAUGAUGCCAACCUGCCAUUCCGCCCACCAACAACUCUUUCACGCUGGCACUCGGCAUUCAAAGAAAGGAUCUGGCAUGCUUUCAAAUCUCAUAUUGAACACCGAGGACUGGGAUCCAAUUGGAGAGGAAACUUUCACCACCACCUACAACCUGAAUUUCGGUGCCCCGCUGCUUCAGUUUGAUUCGCACGCCACGGGAGAAACAAUGCGCUCGAUCCAGAUGAAGAUUGUCUCGGGCACAAAGCAAAUCCAUGACAAGGCUCCAAAGCCUAUCCCAGACGGCUGGAAGCUUCAGUUGAACAACAUUCCGCUCGCUACCGCUCGUGGUAUGGUGUCCGAGGGCGGAGAAAUCAAAGGGGGCGUUGAAAACAUCGUUCCUGGCGAUAAGCCGAUCCAUUUCAAAAGCACAGAGGAAGAGCAUUGCCACGUUGUUCUGGGCUUCCACUUGAACAAGGACAAGCUCAAGGUGAAAGUGAUCUCCCCAGAUUCCUCGAAGCCUGAGGACAAGAGUCUUGGUUUUAUGAAAACCUCAUUCCAGGAAGGAUUCUUGGAAUUCUUCACCGGCAACAACGGCAAGACCGCUCUCGGCUACUCGAUUGCAAGUGUCAACAAUAUCGAACGUCCCGGUUACAUCGAUCUAAAACCCGUUAAGUUCCAGUUUGCAACCUUUUCGCAGGGGGAUGUGGGCACCAUCUCCAUCUUCAUUCAUGUCAAUGGAGGCUUUGUCGAUGGGAAAACCGAGGGUCUACAAUCGAUGUGGCAAGCACAGUGGUUACAAAACAACACACAGCCUAUUCCUGACCGCUUUACUGCCAGUCUCAUACUUUCUUCUGAAAUGAUCCAUCGGUCCAACUGGGAGGCGAGCAAUGACACCAAAUCCCACGAGAUUUACAACAAGAUUCAAGCACGGAGUGGCGCUAUUUGGCAACUUCCAAAGCAGCAGCACAACUAUGGGAACUCCGAGUUCCAUGUCGAAGGGCCUACCAUCAAUAUGCGUGAUUUCCCCAUGUACAUGACUAUCGUUCAAUCCAACCCUGCUAGCAGCCCUGAUGUUUAUGCAUACUGGAAGAUCGACCAGGAAAUCAAGUGGAAAGCAAUCCACCAGUUCAUUCCUAACCAGGCUGGCUCCAUUAAGGCGGCAUUCAGGCUUUGCGAUACCAAAGAUUUCGACAAGCAUCGCAAAAUGGAUAUCGACAUCACGGUUGAUGACGAGUCAUUUGGGAUUAACUUGCAGCUGAACACCAACAACUUCCGGAUGGAUCAGAAUGAACCAAAUGCGAUCGAUUGA